UAGAAAUUAAUAUCGAAAGCGAACGCCUACGUACUUUAUGAUAAUGUCAAAGCUCAUGAGCUAAGUCGUUUUUUCAAAAAAAUUUGCCUUCUUUGUUGACCAACGACCACUAUAACAAAAUCCAACUACCCAUAGAACCACGUCUCUUUCUUAUACCCACCAUGGCACCAUUUCCAAAUUCCAUGUGAGAUCUUAGCCUCCCUUUAGGUAUAAUAAAAGGGCCACUUCAAAAUUUCAAAACCAAAUAAGAUUAUUAUUUUCCUGGUCACUGAGCUAGCGAAGCUCCUACUCCAAUGGGGAACAGUUUGGGAGGUAAAAAGAGUGCAAAGGUGAUGCAAAUUAGUGGGGAGACGUUCAAGUUAAAGACACCAGUGCAAGCUGGCGAGGUAGUAAAAAACUACCCAGGUCAUGUUCUGCUAAAAUCAGAGGAGGUCAAGCAUUUUGGGGUUCGAGCAAAGCCUCUAGAGCCAUACCAAAACCUUGAGCCAAGAGGGAUUUACUUCCUUGUUGAGCUGCCAAAGGUUGAGCUUCCAAAGGAGAGAGUUCCAAGAAGGGUGAGGUCAGGGAUAAACAUGAGCGCUAAAGACAGGCUCGAGAGCCUCAUGCUGUCUCGGAGGUCGGUUUCAGACCUUUCUGUCAUGAAAUCAUCGUCUGCAGCAUCAGCUAACAGCAUUGUGCCCGAGGAGGAGGCAAGAGAGAUUGAUGGGGCGGUGCGUGUGAGGAUGAGGCUUCCAAAGGUACAAGUUGAGAAAUUGAUGAAGCAGAGCAGAGACGAGGCAGAGGCAGCUCAGAGGAUUGUGGAUCUUUGCUUGGUCAACAACAACAGCGGUGGGCAAAAGGCAAGUGAGAAGACCAAUGGCAAUGGAGGUUUUGGUUUGAACCAGCAAACGCAUUGGAAGGAUGGCGCUCAUGGAAGACUACUUGGAUCACAAGGCAUCAGAUCGCGUGAGAAACGAGUGAGUUUCCGACCAGACAAUGAAGGAGAGAUACAAGUAGCUGUGGCUUCUUAACAAGUAGCGGCCAGUAGCCAGUAGGCAGUGUAGUGUAGUAAAUGGCCCUAAACUCGAACUGGAGUUGUUCUUGUUUGUGUCCACCUGCUGUUGCGGUGUACGGCAACACACUCAAAGAGUCAAAGCGAUAGAGGCAGCGUUGUUUUGUGAGUGUGGUUGGACGAGUAACAUAAUUUUCCUCUAAACUCUCUACUUCAGUCUGCGCAGUAUCCCAUCAACCACACACUUGUGGUGAUCGAGGAUUAUUUAUCUUACAGCAACUGAUGUAAUUACAUUAUACGGCAUAAUUAUGACUUGUAGUCAAACUUUUUCACCUUCUUAAUUGUUUCUUCUUCUUCAUCA